AUGAACGCCUUCAAUGAAAGACUAGAUGUUCCAGUUGCUACAAUCUACACUUGGAAUCGUAAGUCGUCGGGGGAGGGGGUGAUCGGCCGAGUGACUGCUAAGAUCAAUCACAGUAAACUUCUCCUCAGACCGCAGAAACGUCAGGAAUGUACCAAGGCGCUGAGAACAGUGGUGGCAUUCAGGAAAUCCCCCACGUUCCACGAGGCACAGGCGGCAAUUCUGGUCGUCAACGGUUUGGACUCCCACCUCUCUGUCGAGUCGCCUCCAGUCAUUCCAACAGGUCGAUUGGUCAGGUCACCGAAGCCACCACCGAGCGACCCUCCGAUGGUGUCAGAGGUCAAGCACAGGGAGCGCAAAAUUGUCUACUUGGAUACACUCGGGGAUUGUUUACUCUAG